CUCUGAAGGUCCCGUGCAGAAAUUGCUAUGAGAGGCAAGCCGUGAGAUUUAAUUUCAUUUCCUUUUCAGUUUUAGCUUUCCCAGCCCAUGCUGCUGCUUUCAAAGGCGACUUGUCCGUGCUUAGAAAAUUUGUGAGAAGUGGAGUAAUCAAUAUUAAUGAGCGAGACGAUGAGGGAUCCACUCUCCUGCACAAAGCUGCUGGACAGGGGCAUAUCCAUUGCUUACAGUGGUUGAUUGAAAUGGGAGCCAACUGUGACGUUACAAAUGAUGCUGGAGAGACCCCAAAGGACGUAGCCAAGAGAUCGGCCCAGCUGGCAGCCAUGGAGCUUUUGGCACAAAGAACUGGAGACAGCAACUCAAGUGAUGAAGAACCAGAUGCAAGCAACAUGGAGUUUUUUGAAAGACACGGUGUGGAGGGGAGUACAGACAGCAAAGAAGAUUUAUCCCUGGAUAAAGCGGAGAAAAGGAACGCACGCAUAAGGGCCUAUGGCAAGAUUCAAGAACUUCAGCAACUUCUAGAAAUUGCCUACAGCAACUACAGACAGCUGGGAGGAGUCACUGAAGAGGAGAGGAAAAUGAAAAGAGAACAGAGAGAAGCUGAGAAGGCUGUGAGGGAGCUGGAGGCCCAACUGGAAUACGAGCGAGUCAGGAGGGAGAAGCUGGAGAGCCAGCUGGAUGAGUGCCGUGCUGAGAUGAGCCACCUGAGAGAGAGCCUGGCCAAAUUGCGUUCCCCCUCCUCUCCCCCUG